AGCUGCUGCGCCUUAUCAAGGGGACUCCGCGCGAGGCCGUGUGGAGCAACAUGGAGGUGAUCGCGCCCCGGUCCACCGCGCCGCGGAGGGAGUUUGCAAAGCAUGUGGAGGAGGGCUGCCCCUACCGCGACGACGACGUCAUGGCGCCAGAGAAGGGGGUGUCCACCGGCACGACGAUCAUGGCGGUCGAGUUCGACGGCGGCGUGGUCCUCGGCGCGGACACGCGCACCUCCACCGGGCAGUACGUCGCGAACCGGGCGUCCAGGAAGAUCACGAAGAUGGACGAGCGGAUCUGCGUCUGCCGCUGCGGCAGCGCCGCGGACACGCAGGCCCUCUCGGGCUUCGUGCAGUUCUACCUGGGGCAGCACGCCGUGGAGCUCGGGCGGCCGCCGGCCGUGAAGACGUGCGCGAACCUGUUCAAGAUCUUUGCGUACAACAACAAGGACAGGCUCAUGGCGGGCAUGAUCGUCGCCGGCUGGGACGAGAAGAGCGGCGGCCAGGUGUACAACAUCCCCCUGGGGGGCUCCCUGAUCCGCGUGCCGUUCGCCUGCGACGGCAGCGGCUCCGGCUAUAUCGCCGGCCUGAUGGACAAGACAUACAGGCCUGGCAUGUCGAAGGCCGAGUGCAUCGAGUUUGUAGUCAACAGCGUGGCGCACGCGAUGGCGCGCGACGGCUCGUCCGGGGGCAUGAUACGGACGGUGGUGAUAACGAAGGACGGCCUCGAGGAGACGCACAUGGAGGGCAACAAGCUGCCCUUCGGCCCCUGAGGGCAGGCGAGGCGCGCGUGCGAGGCGCGCUAAAAGCGGGCAGCCCGCUGUUCACCACGACAACCCACGCCGUUGGCCUGGGAGUAGCGGAGUCAGGCUCUCAAGUGGUUCUACUGCGCGCGGCUCCGUGAACAGCGUCCUGCGAUAAGGUUGCAAUCAUGCCUCAUUGUCGAUCUGUCCUUGUUGGUAAGCCUUCCCCUCGCCCGCUUCCCCCCAAUCCCAAUUUACCGUUCUUCUGGAAGCCGGUGAGCGUACACAUCGUUA